AUGCAUUGUCACGGCGGACCUAUCUCCUGUUUCAAGAAUGAAUGGCCGGACAUUGAUAUUAGCGCUUUCCUCACAGCAAAUGGGUACGCCCUAUUCCGCCCAAAUCCCCGUGGUUCGACAGGGCGUGGGCAAGAUUUCGUCCGCCAGAUAUACGGCAACAUGGGCGGAGUGGACUGCCAAGACCUGUUGAGCGGGAUCGAGCAUCUAGUCGGGACCGGGUUGGCAGCCAGGUCGCGGAUUGGCGUAACAGGCGGGAGUUACGGGGGAUUCAUGACGAACUGGAUAGUGACACAAACAGAUUUGUUCGCAGCAGGAGUCGCUGUCGCACCUAUUUCAGAUUGGGUGUCCCUACAUGGCACUUUAAACAUUCCGAGAUGUGACCGCAUAUUGCUCGACGCUGAUCCGUACUGCGUGGGCGGGGAGUAUCAAAAGAGGAGCCCGCUGAUGUUUGCGGGGAGGUACCGGACGCCUGUGCUACAAAUUGCAGGAAAAGAUGAUCCUUGCGCUCCGCCCACACAAGCUAUGAUGUAUCACCGGGCAUUGGUGGAAAAGGGGGUGGAGUCAGCCUGCGCACUGUAUCCUACUGAAGGCCAUCGCGUCCGCAAGUUCCCAGCAUACGUUGAUUAUUUUGCGAGAUUGGGCUGGUUUGAGCAGCUUAUGCCUGUGAAAAUGUAUCCAUCAGGUAGCUGUUCCGAUGACCAAUAUUUUGGAAAUCAUCCAUUUCCGACAGUUAUGAGCGCGAUACAGGAUCCGAUUCUACGCAGACAAUAUCUUCUGGUGAGGCAGUGCCCUAAUAUGACCCUAACUGGGCACCGGAUAGUAGCGUCGUCGCCCUGUGAGGAUGAGCAAGAUUAUAGGUAUCAACCAACUAGUUAA